AUGAAAACUUUCUCCUCAAUUCAACCACCCCAUAGUUUCCAUUCCGCACCAUUUUUCUCUUCCACUCCCAAAAGGACUCAAGUUCCUUUCUCUGCAAGGGUCUUCUUUUGUCAUGCAAAAUCCGGAACAAAUGAGUCAUUAAACAUAAAAUUGUUGCCUCAAACCCUAUUAAUAGCAGAGAAAGAAGAAGCCAAGGCUGUAUUAACCUUGUUUUUGAAGAAACAAGGUUUGAGCAAUGCAAAUGCAACAAAAACCAUUAACCGAUCAGAUCCUUUUAUUGAUCAUCUUAUCUCAAAGCUUCACUCGAAGCACAAAACUUGGUACCUUUCAGGGAGAGAGCUUACGACUCUUGAAAUCAGGGAUGUACUUAUCUCUUAUCUUGAAUCGCUUUUCGAAGAGCACGGACAUAUUCUAGUGGAUGUAGUAGAAAACUAUCCAAACCCACCUGUUAGGGAUAAAUCAGCCGAACCGAUUCACCCUCCUAAUCCUAGUCUAGUGGUUGAGUCCAAGAAACUUAAAGCCGUGUCAGAAGUGAGUGGGGUAGAUCCUGCUGCGGGGAAUCUUCGUCCUCAUUUUGUUUAUCUCAUGCAACUUGGAAUGGAAAUUGACCAGAUUAGGACUAUUAUACGGAAGUUCCCAGCUUUCGCAAACUAUAGCUUGGAUGGUAAAAUUAAGCCGCUGGUCGAGUUUUUUCUUGAACUUGGAGUGCCACAAGAAAAAAUUCUUAUUAUCAUCUCGAAAAGGCCUCAAUUAUGUGGAAUCAGUCUAUCUGAAAAUCUUAAGCCGACAAUGGAAUUCUUCGAAUCUUUGGGUGUUGACAAGAAACAAUGGGCGAAGGUGAUUUACCGUUUCCCGGCCUUGCUAACUUAUAGCAAGCAGAAGAUUACUGAAAGUAUAGCUUUUCUCCUUGAAUUAGGCAUCUCAGAAGAGAGCAUUGGUAAGAUCAUAACUCGCUGCCCUAAUAUUAUUAGUUAUAGUGUAGAGGACAAUCUCCGGCCGACAGCAAUGUACUUCCGUUCCUUGGGGGUUGAUGUUGGCCUUCUUCUAUUCAAGUGUCCACAAAAUUUUGGUCUCAGCAUUGAGGCUAAUAUAAAGCCUGUAACCGAGUUUUUCUUGGAGAGGGGAUACACUUCGGAAGAAAUUGGCACUAUGAUUUCGAGAUACGGACCAUUGUACACUUUCAGCUUGACUGGGAAUUUGAUGCCAAAAUGGGAUUUCUUUUUGACUAUGGGUUACCCUAAAUCUGAGUUGGUUAAGUUCCCUCAAUUUUUUGGAUACAAUUUGGAACGAAGGAUUAAACCGAGAUAUGCGAGAUAUGCACGCGUGAAAAGUUAUGGGGUGAAAUUAUUGCUGAAUCAGGUUCUUUCACUAUCAACCACCAAGUUUGAAGAGGUUCUUAAAAAGAAAUUGAAGAAACUGCAAAAUGAAGAAAAUGAAGAAACUGUAAAAUAA